UGUUCUCCUUCCCAUUUGAUGAAAAAUUGUUAUUUCACCAGGUUGCGACAUCAGUGUGAUAUAAUGUUUAUUUUGAAUCUUGGUUCAUUAAAAAAACCCCAACUAUCUCACGUUCUGUUUACUAAAUCUUUGCCUUAUCAUUUGUUGUUUAAAAUUUUUAUAGCAUAUUUAAGUGGGUAUUUGCUACUGGGUCUAUUCUCUUUGUGAAAUGAAAAUACAAGACUUGUAGUUAGCAUUUGUUGAAGAUAUUUUGUCAUUUCCUUGUGUUAACGUGUUUUAUUUUGUUGGUAGAUGGCUCUCCCAAAUCCACUCGUCAUAAUUUGGAUUUCUCGGGCAUUUCUGUAGCACCAAACAAAUACGAAAGAAUGUAUUGUUCACAAGACAGCAGGGAAAAUGAGAGCGUUGACUUCAGUAAUCGUUCGAUCCCUAAGUAUUCCAAGAAUGAUAAUCCAACUGUUCAAAGGAAUGAAAGAUCACGAAAUCCGUACUCGCCAGCUCCUAGACCGUCAUGUUUGAAUAUUGACGCAAUUCGUGAACGUGAUAAUGUUCAGUCAGAAAGAAAACGUGGAAAAUCUCCAACAAACAAUUUAUCUUAUCCCAGUGAUGCACCACCUGAUUAUGAAACUGCUAUCGCUGAAAAUGACUUAGAUCGAGAUGCAAUUAAAGAAACGCAGAACACGCAUGAUAGGUUUGUGGCAUAUAAACAAGAUCGCUUUUGUGACAAACGUCAAUCUUCAUGUAGCCCAGGAAGCGAAGUUUCAAAUGCUUGUAGCUCUAUUGCUGGGCGAAGGAAAGGACUUAAACCUCCUCCAAAGUUAACGAUAGCAAGUGUAAACUGGGCAGAUAUGUUACCUCCUCCUCCUUCACAUCCUCCACCUUCUAGUGUAGCUACACGAUCUCCUCCUCCCUCACCAACAGGCACUUCCAUGUGUAGUGAAACAACAUAUGGUCGUUCCCAUGCUUCCUCGUUUCGUCCUCGUCGUUCUGGCUCAGUGUUAUCUGGAGAUGUAACUUCGGAUGUCGAGAAAGCUGAAUCAGUAAGAAGUGGAAAAUCGAAAGGAAAAUCAGAAAAUAAGUUACCAUUUGACUUAGCUGGAAUAACUAGUGAUAUAAUUAUGCAAUGGGCUGAUUCGGUGACAAAUACAAGUGGAUCAGGAGAAGAUUCACCUUGUUCAAGUCCAGACAGAAAAAGUGGUAUAAGUAGCGAUGGUUCAUUUCUUACUGAUACUGAUUUUGCCAACGCUGUAAAAGCUGCUGCAGAAUGUGGUGGAUUUAAUAUUGAUAUCGAUCUUAAUAUGUAUAAAGCUGUCGAUCCUAUAAGUUUUCAACCAUUUGCUGGAAGUUUAUCUACGUACAAUCCUGAAAGCAACAACAGUAUGAGGCUUUCUGGUAAGAAACCUCACAAAGAUGGGGAUUUAAUGCGGGAUUCGUCGCGUGGACGUCGCUCGAGAAAUGAGACACGUGAUCAUAAGCUCCCUCUGUUACAGAGAAGCCAUCGAAUAGGUGUGAAAUGAAUGUUGCUGUAAAACAACGCAAUGUUAGGGAUAUGUCAAAUUACGGGAAUACAUGUUAUGUACCUGCAUUGACACGCACUUCCGCUCUGGGGAAGUCGGAACCCGUGAAGAAAAAGUAUGCUGUUGUGAAAACAUUACCUCAAGUUGAUCCUGACUAUCCCCCAUGUAACUAUCCAAGUAAUAGUCUUAGCUCAAGCACAAGUAAUGCAAGUACGGUUCGUAGCAGUUCAUGUCCUGCCGUGGU